ACAUUAUACAGUAUAGUUUUAUUGUGCCGUGAACACGUACGUAUUCUUUACGUAACAAUAAAAUAUACAAUAAUAUUAUUAUCAAAGAAAUCACUUUUAGUUUGUCGACAUAACAAAAUAAACUGUAUAUAAUAAUCAAAUUAAAUGGUUAUAGAUAAAGUGACAAGGUUGUGAAUGAUAACUUUUAGUAUUUGAUAAUGACAGGAUGAUAUGAUAAAUUUAUUACUCAGCUGAUACGCCACAAUUCAGUGGAGAAGUGAGUUUUUCUCAGUUCAGUGGUUCAAAAUGGGGUGGCGGUGGCUAGUGCUUUGGUCGCUGUGGCUGGCAGGGUUUGUGCGCCAGCCCACACUGCCUCUGCGUAUUUCUUCGGGGAUUUUGCGAGGAUCUGUGUCCCCAGACGGCACGCAUUUGCACUACAACGGCAUACCUUAUGCUUUAGUCACACAGAGAUUUCAGAAACCUGGUCCUGAACCUUCUUGGGACGGUAUAUUUGAAGCGAUUCAUGAAAAUAUUCGAUGUCCACAAAGGAUCGGUAAAACCCUUGUUGUUGGCCAGGAAGACUGCUUGACCCUUAACGUUAACACCCCAGUUAACGUAGAUGCAGGCUCCCUUUUACCAGUAAUGAUUUACAUCCACGGAGGUGGAUAUUUCGACGGUUCCGGAAAUAGCGUCGUCUAUGGGCCCAAUAAUCUUAUAAACAAAGGCGUCAUUCUAGUCACCAUAAAUUAUAGAUUAAACAUUCAAGGUUUUGUUUGUUUGGGUAUCAAAGAAGCGCCCGGUAAUGCUGGUAUGAAAGAUCAAGUAGCAGCCUUGCAAUGGGUGCAGCGAAAUAUAAAAGCUUUUGGUGGAGACCCAGAUAAUGUUACUUUGUUCGGUGAAAGCGCUGGCUCCUCUUCGGUUUCGUUUCAUAUUCUUUCACCAAUGUCAAAAGGCCUCUUUCAUAAAGCUAUAUUACAAAGUGGAUCAUCUAUAUCACCUUGGGCCUUACAAUAUCGACCUGUUUACAUGACAAGCUUACUAACAAAAGUAAUGCUUCAUAACACCGAGAAUGCUGUUGAGUUGUACAAUAUUUUAAUGAAUAAAACUGAUGCAGAAUUAGUUGUCACAAGAGUUCCUAGAAAAGAAGGUAAUACAAUAAUCUCAGAAUUGCUUUAUGCGCCUUGCGUAGAAGAAGAAAUCAAUGGUGAAGAGCCAUUUCUAAUAGAACACCCUCAUGAUAUAUUGUCUAAGGGAAAGUAUAAUAAAGUGCCAGUGAUGAUUGGCAUGACCAGCAAUGAAGGAUAUUUAUUUGCAAAUAUGGAAAAUGACACGGUAAUACCUAAAAUAGAUGUAACAAAGUCUCUGCCUAAAGAUUUAUUAAUAACAUCGGAUAAGGAGCGCUGUGAAGUGGGAAACACAUUAAAAGAAAUCUACAAGUUCGAUAGUAACAUAUCUUCGUCUAAUUUUCUGAAUCUAGCAAAGUUUUACGGCGAAGUAUUCUUUAGUUAUUCAAUAAUACAAGAAACAGAGUUAUAUUUAAAGACCAACACAGAACCAGUAUACAGUUAUAUUUUUAAUUAUAGUGGUAACAGAAAUUUCCUAAAGAAUUCACUUAGAGAACCGUUCUCUAGUGCUCCGGGAGCGACACAUGCAGACGAACUAUUUUAUAUCUUUAGUCAAUAUCUCAUCCCCAAUUUGUUUGAGAAUCAGAUGAUUGAAAAGGUGACAACUAUGUGGACUAAUUUUGCUAAAUACGGAGAGCCAACACCAGAAACGACAGAACUGCUUCCAUUAAAAUGGCAUCCAUCUACGAAGGCUUCUCCACAUUCGUUGGUGAUCGACUCACAAUUUAGUAUAGUGCCAAUGGGAACCAGUGAAUCUAUUAAAUAUUUAAGAAGAAUUUAUGCUAAGUACAGAAGAAAACAAACCCGUGAUUUAUAAAUAAAAAACUGAUGAAGUGAAAUAUUGUAGUGUAGACACAUAUUUUAUAGUAUAUGAAUGUUUAGCUGAAUGCCUUCCUGUAAUUUAUUAAAUCGUAUAUAUAUAUAUUGUACAAUGCUAUUUUUUGUUUUGAUAAAUAUAGUUAGUUUUCUAAAUUUUCUUUUUCUUCAACAUCAGUCUGUAAAUUUUCGAAAUGUUUCAUGUGACUUAUUAUUUUUUCAUAUGUAAUACCACAAGAGCUUCAAAAUUCGACGACAGUCGUCAUGACGACUAUAUUUGUUUGCAACGAACCUUGAGGGAAAUA